UUUAAAGACACAAACUAAGGGAGAAUAGAUUCUUUGGCUCACAGACAACUUUUCAGUUCAUGGAUUGGGAUUAUCCAUAUUUGGAGAAAAAUCACACCAGGAAUUAAUGCCUCCUUAGAGGAACGUGGUGAAAGCAGGGUCUAGACAGGCGAAAGAGUAAUGUAUGUGUUUCCAAGACUUGUUGAAAUUUGAACAGAUCUUCCUGGCAUGUGUAAUGGAUAAAUUAGUGAAAGAAGCUAGCUCAAGAAAAGUAAACAGACAGAUCACAACUGGUACCACACCAUCUAGCUGAGGACUUUGCUGAUGUGAGAAAACUGUCUGUUGCAUAAUUCAAAUCAUGAGACUCACCUGUCAAGAAUGCUCAGUGAUCUUCACACUGGUCAGCCUGGUGGGUGCUCUAUCACAAUCGUUUGGUCAGAAAGAUGCUGUCAACACCACAAUAAUCAAUUUCAAUAAUGAGAAAAUGCAGAUCACAUGGGCAACAAGCAAACUAUUCCCUGGCAAGAAUGUGUCAUUUCAUUAUAUAUUUGAAGAAGGCAAACGGAAAACAUGUCCCACAUAUCUAUUGACGCAGGGUUAUAAUUCAGGAUCUUUUGAGACAGAGGGACACACCCUUUCUUUCUCAAUCAUGAACAGCAAUGGAAGUGAAGAGCUUUUUAAUAAAAGACUGAAAUCUGAUUUCUAUAUAAAGCCCAAUCGACCAAAAAAUGUGACCUUCUUCUGGAAGGAUGACACUGUUACUAUUACAUGUAAUAAACCAGAAAGAGGUGUGAAGUGCUUGAGACUUGAGCUUCAGUACAAAAGCAAAUAUGACAAAGGAUGGCAAUCCAGAACUUCUAAGUGUUGCAGAGUUGGAGAGCAAGGAUUUGAUCCAAGGAAAUGCUAUUCUUUCCGGGUCAGACUGAAGAGGAUAGUACCCUAUUGCAAUGUAGUUGAUUACAGCAGUGACUGGGAAGCAGAAACAUUUUGGAUGAAUAGAACAUUACUAGAUUCAUGUGAUGAUGAAAUAGAAACCCAGUCAAACACAAUAAUUCUUUUAAGUUGUUUGAUGGCAUUACUUCUAAUGGUAUUUAUCCUCUUGAUUCUUCUGUGUAAAUGGCAGAGACUUCAAAAAUCUGUCAUGCCUACUAUACCAGAUCCAAAAUACGUAUUUACUGAUCUCUUCAACAAUCAUAAUGGAAACUUCCAGUUCUCUGAUGGUUACACAGCCAUGCACCCUGUCUCAAAUCAGGUUUUCAGAGACUCAUGCAAACCAAGCUAUAAAAGAGCAACUUAGACAUCUAGAAAAAGGCCUGUUCAACUCCACACAGUGAGAGGAAGGGUAUAUGGCACCUUUAACAAGUUCCCUUUUUGUUUAUUCAGAGUUGUUAUGUUCUUCAAAGGCAGAUGUCCCUCAGAUACUACAGUUUGUUCCUAAUUAUAUCCUGCAGAAAGGCACAGACAGCAUAUCGUAUUGUAGUCCAGACUAACCGAACUGCAUUUAUCAACAGCAGAAUAAAAAGGAUGUAUAUUUAUACCUCGUGUGAUUUAUGUACCCACUGUAUCAGUGCUGAGCCAAGUUGCAAUGAUACACUGAACAUCUAUACUGUUUGUUUGGCUUUUUAUAUGAUUUUCAAUUAGGGGAAGACUAAAAGGAAAUCACAUUGUUCAUUUUAAAAACAAAUAACAGAACUUAUUGAAACCAGUUUUGCAACUUCUGAUAAUUUCCCUUUUUGUUGUUGUUGUUUAUUUUUAUCAUAUUAGUGUUUAUCAGUCUUUUGGGAAAUAAACUUCGUGCAACUACGAGCAGAAAA